CGACGAUUCGUGGAAACCUCGUGACGUCACCUUCACGUCACCAAGCGACAGUGUCGGACGUCGAUCGAUUCACGCGAACUAGAUCCGAAGAACGCGAGAAUUCUUCGAUCAUGGACCUCAUCAAUUCGCAAAAGCAACUGAUUGAACAACUUGCAAGCACUACGGACUCGAUCAUCGAUCUUUACUCUGAUUGGUAUCACCAACCCGCAGUCAACAAUUUGGAAGUUUCGAGGCAGACCAGGCAAAAACGAGCUCUUCCAAACCUUGGCAAGCAUUUUCUGAGAAUGUUGGCUUAAAGGGGGACCGUGAGCUCUACUUUUUCCGGAAUUAAUUCGUGCUCCUGAUUGUCAAGAAAACUUUCCAUCAUAGUACUUCGUCAACUGCGCUUCGCCAGCUUCUCUGCCUUCAAUGAUCUCUAUGCUGUUAUACACCAAAAGCAUGUUGCAUUUUCGCGUUUUCUUUUUUGUUCAUGAACUGCAAAUCGGAACUUCUCCAGCCAUGUACUUCAGCAACGAGCGUGUGGAGGUUAUUAAAUCACGCACAGAGAAAUCCGAGAAAA